AUAUGUGCCUAUUGCACUUACACAAUUAUGUAAAUUUUUUCCUUUGUUAUGUCAAUAUAAUUUUAGAAUAAGUUAUUAUGGAUUCCCGUCACGUGACCUAUUUUAUUUCAAACUUACGUGUCAAAAUCCAAAUGGAUGCUAUAAGACCUCAUCCAACCUGUCGAAAACUCAAACACCCAUUGGCCGAAAAACAUAUCCAAGUUAUCCAGAAUAAAGCAUUUCAAAGAUAAGGUGUUGAUCCCAUCACAUAUUAUUUUCUCUAUUUCAUUUAAAAUUGCACACUAAAACACAAGUAACAAAACAGAAGAACAACAUCAAUGGCAGGACUAAGUGGUUCCUCUCUAGCUGUCUUGGAAGGCAGCCUCCAGCUCAACGGCUCCACCCGUUUGACACCGGUUGGGAACAACCGGAUUUCUGUUUCCCGGUCUGGACUCGUAGUUAGAGCCCAACAAGGACAAGGUGAAUCCGAAACAAGCAGAAGAGCUGUGUUGGGACUCAUUGCCACUGGUCUUGCUUCCGGUUCUUUUGUUCAGGCGGUUCUUGCUGAUGCUAAACCGAUCAAGUUAGGCCCACCUCCACCACCUUCCGGUGGACUCCCUGGUACUCUUAACUCCGAUGAGGCAAGAGACUUUGAUCUACCAUUGAAGAACCGGUUUUUCAUCCAGCCAUUAUCACCAACUGAGGCCACAGCUCGUGUAAAGGAAUCGGCGAAAGAAAUUGUAAAUGUCAAGGAGUUCAUCGACAAAAAGGCAUGGCCAUAUGUCCAAAACGAUCUUCGUUUGAAGUCGGAGUAUCUUCGUUAUGACCUCAAGACGAUCAUCUCCGCAAAACCAAAGGAUGAAAAGAAGGCACUCAAAGAUCUCACCGGAAAGCUUUUCCAGAACAUGGCUGAUUUGGACUACGCAGCAAAGAUCAAAAGCCCGGCUGAUGCAGAGAAGAGUUACGCUGCAGCUAUAUCUAGUCUUAAUGAUGUUCUUUCAAAGCUCGGUUAAACUGAAGUUUGUUUGUUAAUGUGAUGAAAAUAUGUUGUUAUUUUUUCAAUUCACGAGAAACUUUGUUCAGACUUUAUAUUAAGUAACUAAUAACUCUAAUGAACAAAAUAGAUAUGCCAAUGGGCCGCCGCCAUGAUCAACCAUCAUAAUACGUGGGUGGUGGGCAAUGAAGAGGAUGACAAAAUUUGAGACUUUUCGUGAAAAAUAUAUCUUUUUUUAAAAGAGUUCUCAUUAUAUACUCAUUUACAAGUAAAAUGAUAACCUAAAUUUACAUAUUUAUACCCUAUAAAACUAGUAAACCUUAUAUGUAUAUCCUAAUAUAAGAGUUCCAAUAUUUGUAGAUGAUGAAAAUAAAAGCAUAAAAUAGAUGAAAAUAAAAGCAUAAAAUAUUUUAUCGAUUUAAUCCGCUACAUAAAAUAAAAGCACGCUGAUUUGCAACAUCAAGUCCAUCAAAUCUCUCCUCAUAUUGAUGCUUGUAAAUUGAAGUAUCAUUUUGCCCACACGAAAAAGAUAGUUUUGACAUGCCAUGAAUUUGGGGAAGAUAUAAUAGACGUGGAAAGUUGAUUACUCGAUGAUCACAGCCCACUUGUGUUUUGUGCGAUUAUGAUAAAUAUGUUCCUCCUAUACAAGCAUGACUAUAGGAUUAUAGUUGUAGUCAUGAUAUUGAUAUUAUAUGAAGGAAUAUGCCACAAUUAGGUGUCCAAAUAUGUAGCGAUUAAUGCAUUUGACCGCACUUAGGUGGAGAUCCGAAUGUGAAUGCAAGCUCUAAAAAUAUAUUCGGACGGAUAACGGUUAGAUAGAUUAACCUAACCUAUCAACCAUGCACCUUAUGAUAUAGAAUAAUAUCCUCUAAGAAAAUGUUUCUCAUUUCUUCCAUGUAUUACAUUACUUUCCUUGAUGGUGUAUGUGACACCCUGGAAAUUGGGAUGUACCGAGUGUGUAGGGUGUGUAUUAAUUAAAACAAAGUUGCCAAUAUCAUGAUCACAUUUAGGA